AUGGGAGAUGCAAGCUCCACCACCACCACCGCCUACGAUGAUAUGCUUCUCAAGAGCUUCUUCGCUGAAGUCAGCGAAGUCGAGCGAGAUAACGAAGUCGCCAGGAUUCUUUCAUGCUUCAAGUUAAAUCCGUUUGAGUAUCUAAAUUUACCAUUUGAAUCAUCUCCAGAGGAUGUCAAAAAGCAGUAUCGUAAGUUAUCUUUGCUGGUUCACCCUGAUAAGUGCAAGCAUCCUCAAGCAAAAGAAGCUUUUGGAGCAUUGGCAAAAGCCCAGCAACUCUUACUUGAUGUACAAGAAAGAGAAUAUGUUCUUACCCAGGUUAAUUCAGCAAAAGAAGAACUUCGAGCAAAGAGGAAGAAGCAGUUGAGGAAAGAUACAGCCUCCAAAAUAAAGUCAUUGGUUGAUGAGGUCUGUGAGGGAAAAUAUGAUCAACAAUAUGAACGAUCGGAGGAGUUCCAGCAGGAGCUCAAAUUGAAGGUUCGAGAAAUUUUAACUGAACAAGAAUGGCGGAGGAGGAAAAUGCAGAUGAGGAUAUCGGAAGAGGAAGGUAGAUUGAAGAAGGAUGAAGAAGAACAGAAGGAGAUGUGGAAGAGAAAGCGUGAGCAUGAGGAGCAGUGGGAAGGAACAAGAGAAAAGAGGGUUUCAAGCUGGAGAGAUUUUAUGAAGACGGGAAAGAAGGGCAAAAAGGGAGAGAUUCGACCACCUAAGCUCAAGACCGAGGAUCCCAACAAGUCCUAUGUUCAAAGGCCUGUAAAGCGAGGUUAA